AUGAUUCGGGCGCUGGUGGCCUGUGCUGGCUGGAUCGUGGUAUCUGCAAGUGACAUUCAGGCCUGCGAAAACCAGCAGGUUCUCUCGAAGUCUCUUCUCCAGGUGCAUGGAACCGCGGAACUAGUGGCCCGCAAUGACGACGAAGUCGGACUUUGCGUGGUGCAAGACGACUCCUGCUUCGACAUGCAGCUGGACAAGCGAUGGCACAACCCCUCUACGUCGGAGGAGCUCAACUUCUCGAAGGCCGCUGUACAGCUCGUCGUCGCACGUCACGGUGAAGACCUCCGAUGGCUGGACGCUCUGCAUCAGCUCCCUGCGGUGGUGUACAAUCGGGGCGGACCUGACAGUCUGCUUCCGGCAGCCAGGGAAAAUUUGCAGAUAGUCGUGGAGGAGAAUACUGGGAGAGAGGACGAGGUUUUCCUGCACCACAUCGUGGAGAACUACGACACUUUGCCACAGGUCACAAUUUUCCUGCAGGGCUGGCCUUUCGGGCACUGUCCUGGCUUUCUGAAGGCAGUUCGGAGCACCGUCAUGGCCAUGUUGCAGCCUGACCAGGUGGCCGAACUGCAAGGAGUUUCAGAUGCCGGCUCAGGUCUCGCGCCGUUGACUGGGACGUUCUGGCAGUACAAUGUCGCAGCUGGGAAACUCGGCCUGGCUAGCACCCUCGCAUCGAAGCAUUUUCCCAUCGGAAGAGACCAGGAGGCGCUAAACUAUGCUCGCGCCUUGUACACAGAGACCUGCACCAAAGUCUUGGGCGGCAGAGACUGUCCAGGCAUGGAGUGGACGGCAGAAGGUGCCCAGUGGGCGGUGACUCGCGAUCGUAUUUGGUCGACUCCGAAGAGCACCUACACGAAUGCGCUGACUCUCGGUGAAGGCUGGGAGGGAAAGUUUCGGGGGCUGGUCCUCGAAGCCCUGUGGCCCGUGUUGUUUGGCAGCUCGCAGUGGAAGCCCUCGAAGGUGGAUAUGCUUCCAACACAGGCGGGUCAAGCUUUCAACCGUGCCCGGGCCAACAACGGCUUCUGUGCCGCUGACAGCGGCUCAAGGAAGCUUCUUUUCAGUUGUCAGGAUCGAGCUGAGUUCUGCGAGAGAGAGCGCAAGCUUGGUGCGGACACAGGCAAGUUGUUCGAGUCAGACCGGCUGAACUUCAAGAUCCACGACGCCUCGGACAACGGGCCCUGGCGGUUAGAGGCGAAGCUGCAGCCGAUCCUCUGGGGCUCUGCAACAUGGUGGCCCCGGGCAAGCCCACAGGCGCAAGCCCUGCGGAACGUGACCUUCGAUCCAGUCAUUGUGGAGCUGAACGGUGAUUGCUUGGCCUGCGGCGCUCGGACCGUGCAGACCUGUCGGACGCGGGAGCCCUGA